UGCCCAAGUCUCUCUGUAUAAAUGACAUGAGAGACGCACGCAAAUGCAUUCCGUCUUCAAAUCUGAAUUGAAUAAAAAGAAGAAAAUGGUGGAUCUUCAAACAGUUUGCUCCAUGUGUGGUGAUGUGGGCUUUCCUGACAUGCUCUUUCGUUGCUCCAAGUGCCACCAUCGCUUUCAGCACUCGUACUGUAGCAACUAUUACAGCGAAUCAUCGGAGCCAAUACAAGUGUGUGAUUGGUGUCAAAGAGAAGGAAAAAGCUCGAGACAUGGUGGUUCGUCUUCCAGGAAAUCAGUUGGAGGAAGCGAUUCCGGAAUCAUCAAUAGAUCGGAAUAUUCAGGAGAUAAUAAAAUCAAGCAGAAUGAUCAUGGGGGGGAAGAAAGUGGUACUGCUGAAAGGGCGAAGAUUAGUUUUAAUGGCAAUCCUUCACCCAGGACAGCAACUCGUAGAUACAAGUUUCUUAAGGAUGUCAUGUGUUAAGAACUAACGAGACCCCCCAAAAAAGAGAGAAAAGAGAAAUCUUGAAUCGAAGAAGUUUCUAAGAAAUGAGGCUUUUGGUAGUCAUGUUCAUAUUUCUUCGUAUGAAUAAACUGUAAGUUUUUUUAUUUUCUAGUGGUUUUUUUUUCCUUUCGUUUUUGACUGCCCAGAGUUUUUGGCCCUAUAUAUGCAAAAUAAGUUGUUAAAACCA